GGCGAGCGGCCACGAUGAGCGCACGAGGGGAAGGAGCCGGCCAGCCCUCGACUUCUUCCACGGCCGCCCAGGAGGAACCUGCCACCCCGCCGAAGAGGGGGCGAGGGAGACCCAGGAAGCAGCCCCAAGAACCCGCUGGAGAACCAUCUCCUAAAAGACCAAGGGGAAGACCCAAAGGGAGCAAAAACAAGAGUCCCUCAAAAGCAGCUCAAAAGAAAGCAGGAGCCACUGGGGAAAAACGACCAAGAGGCCGACCGAGGAAAUGGGAACAGGCUGAAGAGACAUCUUCACAAGAAUCUGCAGAAGAUGAUUAGGAGACCACACCUUGCAAUUUCUACCUCAUCAGCAGUUGGGUCUUUUGAAGGGAGAAGACACUGCCUUGACCACUUGCUUUGUAUUGCCACGAUCUUUCCACUUUGGCCUGGGUGGGGGAGGGAAAUCACAUAACCUUAAAAAGGACUUAAUAAUCAUCUUUGUUGUAAUCCCUUCGCUAUCCCAGGUUUAGUGAAAAACUGCUGUAAUACAGGGGGACACAGAUUAUUGAUGCAACAUAUAAUUACUGUUUUUCUUUUUCUUUUUCCUUAACCUACUAAUAGUUUGUUUGAGCUGCUAAGUAAGGGUGAAUGGGUCAGUAAAUCUUUGAACUAGGUUUUGUCAUUCACUGCACUGCAUAUAAAUAAGAUUUUUGUAACAUAUUAAUUAUAAUGGGCAUUCAAAUAGGAAAGCUUUGGUGUUUAACACCAGGCUUCACUACACCUCUGCCAACCCACUCCCUAGCUUAGUCAACUCCCUGUUUAGAACACCAAAGAUAAGGAUUAGAAGCUACUCUUUUUAUAGCCUUGUUCUAGAUUUGUGCUUGAUUUUU